AUGGGCGAGCUUUCCCUCGAGUGUCACAAUAUUACUAUGUGCUCAAUAUCUUAUGCCACUGCCACUUCAAUUGUAAAGGCUUGCAGCACUUACAUUAGCGACCGCCUCUUGACAGGUCAGAGCCACCUAUCAGCUACAACUACGUAUCAGGCGACCGAAUCCGUUGCAUCCGAUGCUUUGUCUGACUCUUGGUGGGCUUUGGAUUUGUUUGUUUGCGGGGCGUCAAGCGGGGCACGUGGUGGGGAGAAUGAGGAGAGCCACCAUCCCCGUCACUUCCUCGGUUCCAUCUCUCAUACUACUAUUCCCUGCCAAUGCUUACCUGCAGAAAAUCAGGCCCACCAUCCAAAGCAUUACCAAGUGAUAUACCGAUCCGACGUGUCCAAAGCCUAG